AUGCGCGCUUCGAGCGCGUCACCGCGCGCGCACCGCGCGUUUCCCUCGCACACCGCGCGAAAGACGUCGCGCGAAAAAGCGUCGUCUCGGUCUCGCGCGGUGGCGGCGGCGUCGACUUCGGACGCACCGGGGCCGUUCGGGGACGACCGAAACCUGCUCGUCGUCGGACCCGGUGUUUUGGGCUCGCGCAUCGCGCGCGUGUGGCUGUCGAACUUCCCCGGGGCGGUGGUGGUCGGACAGACGAACACCGACGCCGCGCACGACGGCUUGCGAAGCGUCGGCGUGACGCCGCGAACGAAGGAUUUCGGUGCGGACGAUCCCACGGCGACGCGGCGGUUUCCCUACGUCGUUUUCAGCGCGCCACCGAGUGGCAGUGAGGAUUACCCGGGCGAAGUCGCGGCGGCGUUGAAGUAUUGGGACGGCUCGGGCGCGUUCGCGUUUACGAGCUCGAGCGCCGUGUACAAGAAUGAAGCCGGCGAGGCGUGCGACGAGGAGAGUGAAGUUUAUGAAAUAGGCACCAAUCCUCGUGUCGAUCGGUUGCUGAAGGCGGAAAAAGUCGUGUUAGACGCUGGUGGUGUGGUGUGUCGAUUAGCCGGGCUCUAUCACUCCGAGCGAGGCGCGCACAAGUACUUCAUCAAGACGUCCUCGCUCGAUUCUCGCGCCGACGCCUUGGUGAAUUUAAUUCACUACGAAGACGCCGCCGAUCUGUGCUUCGCCGCGAUGACGAAAGGAGCAAAGUCUCACAUUUAUCUCGGCACCGACGGCGUCCCGAUCACCCGCGAGGCGAUCGCGCGCGUCUCCGUGGAGUCUGGCGUCUACGGCGCCGACGCCGCCGCGCCCGCCUUCACCAAAACCGACGGCCCGCUCGGUCGCGCCAUGUCCAACUCCCGCACCAAGACCGAGCUCGAUUGGUCGCCUCGGUACGAAUCUUUCGAAUCUUUCGCGUUGCGUCAGGGCGCGCGCGACUCGUACGCGCCCUGGAACGCGCCGACGCGUUCGCGCGGGUGGACCCCCGCGGGCGCGCGUCACGUGUGA